UGUGCCUUAUCCACGAACCAAAUAAUAUUUAAUAUUGUUUGGGUAAUAAUUGUGGUGGUUAUGGCACUAUCCUUCCCAAAAUGAUUUAUUACUUAAGCCAAAUACCUAAAUUAAUUAGAUCAAACAAAAUUUAACAAUUUUAUGAUCGAUCGACAUGGCAGCGGAAGCAGCAAUCUCAUCUGCAGUCGAACUGCUCGGCGAUCUGCUCAUCCAGAAGGUUAAAUCCCUGCGAGGUGUCGAGGGAAAGGUGGAGGCGCUGAAAAUCGAGCUCAAGAGGAUGCAAUGCUUUCUCAAAGACGCCAACAAAAAGCAAUUUGAAGAUGAGAGCGUGUGUAAUUGGAUCUCGGAGAUUAGAGAGUUGGCUCAAGAUGCCCAAGAUACGAUCGAGAUGUUCCUUCUCAACGUUGAGAGUGCCAAGAAUUGGGGGCUCUUCAAAAGAUGUACAAGCUCCCCUAAGCGUAUGUACCACCUCGACAAAAUUGGAGAUGAGAUUGAGUCGAUCCGAGCUACGCUUGAUGCCAUUGACAAAAGCCGUGAGAGGUACGGCAUCAAGGAUCUCGGAGAGGCAGCCGAAUCGGCAUCGAGAUGGGAAGUCGAAUUGCGGCGAAGGUUGUGUCCUUGGCAAAAGGACGAACAUCUGGUGGGCGUUGAAGAUGAUGUGAAAAAGCUGCUGCAAGAAUCGAUUCUGUGUGAGGAGAAGAAAGGGCUUUCCAUUGCGGUGUUAGAGGGCAUGGGCGGGAUCGGGAAAUCCACAGUUGCCCGGGAAAUAUACAACCACCCCGACGUCGUUGCUGGUCCAUUCGACUGCCGUGGUUGGGUUGUGGUGUCGAGUGAAUUUACGCCACACGAGACGAUCAAGCAGCUUAUCUUCGACCUGCCAGGCUCUGAGAAGCAAAAACUGCGUGAAUUGGAGGAGUCAAUGAAGGACAAGCUAUAUCUACUACAAAAGCUUAAAGAAAUGCUUCAUAUGCAAUUGGAGGGCAAAUCAUAUUUCAUAGUUCUCGAUGAUGUUUGGGAGAAGGAACAUUUAGAAUCUUUCAUCGCUGCUUUCCCAAGUCAACAAGGCAAAUUCUCAUGUACAUCACGCGGUACGUACAUGCGGCCCAGUCUGGGCAAGUUCGUUCCGAUUGACCCGAUCGGCCCGGUUUGAUUUUUCUUUUCCUUUUUUUGGCCCAGACCUACUUCUGCCGGUCCGACAAAAUAUCAUUUUCUUUUGUUAAAAGUGUCAUUGUAUAUAUUAAAACUGUUAUUUAUAAUGUAUCAUAUAUUUUUAUACAAAUUAUCAUUUAUUUUUAUAAAAAAUUAUUUGCGAAAGUAUUAUUUGCAUUUAAGAAAAAUAUCAAUUGUUGUUAAAAAAUUAUCAUUUUGUAUAAAGUAUUAUGUGCUUAAUUUUAUUCGUUAUUGAUAAAAGUGUCAUUUAUCUUCUAUACUAAUGAAAAAGUGUAUUGAGCACAAAA